AUGUCAGGCUUCAACUUUGGCGCCACUGCCACCAGCCAGUAUAAUCGAUUCAAAACUAUUGUCUACUCGGAAAUCGCGACUGACGAUAAAGAGGGCGAGGAAAAGAUAUUCUUUUUGUUGCGUGUCACUACGGACGAGUCUCAGCUGAAAACAAGUCUAUUGACGUACGAAAACAACUUUAAGCAAAUCGUCGGCAAUAACUACACUGUGAAGCUCGAACUAAAGAACAUUCUUCCUGAUAGUAAAGCCAUCAUUUCCAUUACUGUGAUUGAAAAUGCUACAUCUAAAGCCAUUCCUGAAGCGCAAUUGCGCACUUUUUUCAGUCAACCUAACUCGAAGCAACAACUGAACAGCAUCUUUGCUGGCACAUUCAUCGAGGUGUUGUUUCUUUCCCUGUCGAAGCAAGAGCUGGACAGCUACCUGAGCAUGCCACCAAAAGGCAUUGACGAGCGCAUUUGGACGCAAGCAAAGUUGGAGAAUCCAGACCCGAGUCGUUUCACGCCAUUGCCACUCAUCGGUUUCAACUCACUGAACAAUCGCUUCAAGAUGCAGGAAAAGGAGAUUCAGCAGCAGCAGAUGAGGCUAAAGCAGAUCAUCGACAAUGUAACUGGUCUUGAAAGUGACAUUGCUCAAUUUAAAGCAAAGUUUGAGGAUUGUCGGCGUAAGCAUGCCAGUCUAUCGUAUCAGGUACUAAAGAAAAUGAUCUCGCAAGAGGUGCAACGCAAACGGACCCUACCUAUACAAGCAGAAGAAGACAAACUGCGUGCUAACCUCGAGGCAAUUCAAUCUGAGCUGAAUGUUCCAACAAAAUUCCAAGGAUGUCUUAACGAGUUGAUGUCCCAGCUGCGACAAAUGCAAUGUCAAUCACAGCUCGUCAAUACCAUUACGCCAGAUAAGAAUGCGUUCAAUGAAUACAAGCAGUUUCUUAUGGAGGAGAAUGCCGGCAUCAUGAGUCUAGUAGACCUGUUUAAGAAGGACAUUGAGGACAUCAACCGCCUGACAAACAAGUGA